AUGAAGCGUACGGCUAUGACCACCGCAAACACAAAGGUCUCGAAAACUAAAGAUGCAGAGUUUGAUGAGCUAGUCGUCGAAUUCAAAAAGAGUCACAAACAGGCAACAAACAUGCAAAAUUCCAUGCGUGUUUCCUUCAACUCAUGGAAUGCGUUGAAGAAGCAACUCGAAACCGCACUUUCAAACGCCGACUCAGCAUUUAGUAACGACACCACAGGAUCCAUCAUCGCUACCAAUGCCAUGUUGGCCAAGGAGAAGAUAGAUGUACACGAAGUAAGUCACAUUUAA